AUGUUCCGCUCCCAGCCAAUGCGCGCCCUACGACGCGCCGUCAGACAAAAUAUUCCUCUCAAUACACGCGCCAACUUCUUACCAACGACAUCGAUCCGCGCCGCGACAAAAGGUGCCGAGGGCAAAGACACGCUCAAGCCGGUAUCGACAGAAUACUCCAAGUCUGGCUCCGACGACUCUGCAGCUCAUACCGAUGCCGCGUUCAAUCCACAGAAGACUAGUCCUGAGGAAGAGGAAGCCUCGGUAGAGAAGGAGGCCGGAGGUAAGGCCAACAGCUUGAAUGCAAGCCCAGGAAACAAGGACAUCAGUGAGCCGAAUUCGCCAGACGUUGGAGGCAACGGAGCAGCACCGGCAAAGAAGCAGAGCGGUGCUGGUAGCGCUCCCAAGCACGGAUCGUAA